CGACUCGUCAACAACUGAUCGCUCUGGUUGUGAUCAGCUGGAGCUGUCUGCUGCUGGGAGAGAUCCUCAGGCUGUCUGUCACCUCUCUACAGGUGCCAAAACCAGCAGUAUGGCCACAGCUCAGUCUGCCCUGCUCCUAGCAGUCCAUAUCCUGCUGAUCUCAGAGUUCAUCCUGGCCAAGAGGGACUACUACGACCUGCUGGGGGUCCCCAGAGACGCCACUGAGCGGCAGAUCAAGAAGGCCUUCCACAAGCUGGCUCUGAAGUACCAUCCUGACAGAAACAAGGGCCCAGACGCCGAGGCCAAGUUCAGAGAGAUAGCAGAGGCAUAUGAGACGUUAUCAGAUGAUAAGAGGAGGCGGGACUAUGACCAGUUUGGCCACGGCCCGUCGUCGGGUGACAACCACAGAGGAGGAGGAGCCAACUACAACUUCAACCAGCACUACCAGUCCUUCAACUUCGACGACAUCUUCAAAGACUUUGACGUGUUCGGUCAGCAUCAUCGACACCAGCACCACUUCCACUCCCAGAACCAGAACCAGGCCCACCAGAAGAGACACUUUGACAGCCACUUCCAGGCCCAUAGGGAGACUAUGAGCAGACAGAAGAGACAGUUCCAGCAGGGGGGCUUCGGGGGCGGACUCUUUGAUGACAUGUUUGAGGACUUGGAGAAGAUGUUCUCCUUUAGUUCCAGGACUGAGAACAGAUUCCACGGCUCGGCCAAGCAGCACUGCAGGACGGUGACUCAGCGGAGAGGCAACAUGGUGACCACCUUCACCGACUGCUCCUGAGACCAGCAGGACACGGGGCUCUACACAGGGCAAACACUGAGGACACUGCUGGGCUUUAAGCUGUGGUUUUGGAAUUUAAUGCUAAUUUAUCACUUGGUGAAAUAGUGAAUGGUUUUGUGUGGCUUUUGUAUGUAAUUUCCUCUAGGAACAAAUAUCCAGCUGGCCUGAUAAAGGGCUGCUUCCAAGCAAUAACACUCAUAUUAUUGCUCAUAGCACACACCAUUAUUUAGCUUUCAGGUUCAUUGUUUACUUAUGAUGGUACAAUCUAGACUCAGGUAUGGCCUGAGGUUCAUUUUAAACAUCAGUUUUCAUUUGAGAGCAAUAAGAUUCAUUAAAAAACACCACAGAACCAUUUCAUCUGCAGCUACUCAGGCCAUCCUGUCUCAGCAACAUCAAACCAGGUUCAUCUAACCAUAAUGUACUCAUACAUUUAUUUAUCUCUUGGUGUCUAUUAAUUAUCUUAAAGCUAUCACACAUUUUUGAUUUAUAGCACUAGCAUCAACUAUAUCUAUCAACAUGGAGCGUCACAUCAUGAGAUGUGUACAAGUUAUCAACUGUUACCUCGUCUAGUUUCUGCCUACAGAGUUGAUCUACCUUCAGUCAGUCAGAGGAGCAGCUGGCUUCAGUCCCAGGACAAACGCUGGUAAACUUUGCCUCAGGCAGAGUGUCUGUCCUCUCUCAGCUGUUCCGUAACCAGCUGUGUUGAUGGUUACAGAAAUGCUGAGUCAGCUACCAGUGAAGCUGAGCGGGCUGAAAAGUUCCCUGACCUGAUUAUAAUGUGCAAUAUUUAGCACCUUUGCUCUUCAUGUUGCCUAUAUUUCAUAGACAGUGUUGUGUUAAUGUCAUUGUCUCAUGUCAGCACUUUGUAUGUGUGUGUGCGUGUGUGUUUGUGUGCACUGAGUGGCCUGAAUGUUGAUUGAUUGCAUAAUGUUUGGAGAAUGAAUAAAAAUAUUCAAGAGCUAAUGUGUGUUUUGUAUUGGGAGAGGAAAAAUAUGGAACAUUUUUGUUCAUAAUCCUAAAUAUGCAUUGUUGUUUCUGUCAGGUGUGGACUCGAGUCAAAAAUUGAAUGACUUUAGAUAAAAAUAUCAAAAUAGACUUGCAACUUUGACUUGGACUUUAACACUACUGACUCGUGACUUGGAUUUGAGCUUUUUGACUCAAAUACUUGAUACCUCCACCAAACCCAAGAAUAAAAAAGUGUUUUCUUUUAAAGUACCCCAAUCAUAUAGUUUCCUGAAUCAACACACUCUAUCUUCAGAAUCAACACCCAAUUUUCCUAGAUGCACCUUGUUUUAAUUCAUUUGAACCAUGAAGAACAAAUAAAUUAACAAAUAAAGACAUAAUAUUU